UCCCCCUACUACACAACAUAGGAUAGAAUGGCCGAGAAGAAUUCGUCUGCUGUCGGCGGAGUGGAUAAGAUUGCCCACCCCCGGGUGCGGGGUGUGGACAUCCUUAGGGACCCACUUCUAAACAAGGAGUUUGGCUUCACCCUGAGGGAGAGACAGAUCCUGGGGAUACACGGCCUAAUCCCCCCAGCCAUCCGUACCCAGGAGGAGCAGUCCCAUAAUGUCCUGCUGAACUUCAACCGCUGGGACAACGACCUGGACAAGUACAUCUACCUGAUGGGGCUACAGGACCGGAACGAGAAGCUGUUCUACCGUGUGGUCACCGACAAUGUGGAGAAGAUGAUGCCCAUCAUAUACACGCCCACUGUCGGGCAGGCUUGUCUGAAAUACGGGCUCAUCUUUCGAAAACCCAGGGGGCUGUAUAUAACAAUCUAUGACAAAGGACACAUAUUUGAUAUUCUGUGCAACUGGACCAUUGAUGAUGUCAAGGCGAUCGUGGUGACAGAUGGAGAGAGGAUUCUGGGAUUGGGAGACCUGGGCUGCUAUGGAAUGGGGAUCCCAGUGGGGAAACUCUCCCUGUACACAGCGCUGGCCGGAAUACAACCCCAUCAGUGCCUCCCGAUUCUGCUGGACGUUGGGACUAAUAAUAAGGCACUUCUAGAUGACCCCCUCUACAUUGGUUUGAGGCAAAAUCGUAUUCAGGGAAAAGAGUACGAUGAAUUCAUUGAUGAAUUUAUGCAGGCCUGUGUUAAAAGGUAUACAAGGGAGGUCUUAGUCCAGUUUGAAGAUUUUGGAAACCACAAUGCCUUCAGAUUUCUGGAGAAAUAUAGGAAUGACUAUUGCACAUUCAAUGACGAUAUUCAAGGUACUGCAGCAGUGGCCGUAGCAGGAAUUCUGGCCAGUCUGAAGAUCACAAAGAAACCACUGAAGGACAAUGUGUUCGUGUUCCAGGGGGCAGGGGAGGCCUCUAUAGGGAUUGCAACUCUACUCGUAAUGGCCAUGGCUGAAGCAGGCAUCUCCGAGAAAGAGGCCCUCAAAAGGGUCUAUAUGGUGGACUCUAGGGGCCUUAUAGUCAAGAAUCGACCUUCAGGGGGAGUAACUGGCCCCAAGAUAAGGUUUGCACAGGAGCAUGCUCCAGUGGAUAAACUGGUGGAUGUUGUUAAACUGGUCAAACCGACGGCAAUCAUUGGUGCUGCCGCUGUUGCGGGUGCCUUCACAGAGGAGAUCCUGACCCUGAUGGGUACCAACAACGAGCGACCCAUUGUGUUCGCCCUCAGUAACCCGACCAGUAAGGCCGAGUGUACCGCAGAACAGGCCUACAGUAUCACUAAGGGGAGGUGUGUGUUUGCCAGUGGCAGUCCUUUCCCCGCCGUGACUUACAAUGGCAAAACCUUCCACCCCGGCCAGGGCAACAAUGCUUACAUAUUCCCAGGCAUUGCUCUGGCCACCAUUCUGUGUGAUAUCAGAUCUAUUACUGAUGAAGUGUUCUUAGAAUCAGCAAAGUUGUUGGCGGAUAUGGUGGAUGAGAAGAGUUUAUCCAUGGGACUGGUCUAUCCGCCUCUGUCGCGGAUUCUACAGGUGUCCACAGAUCUGGCCAUUGGAUUGAUCAACUUUUCCUACAAGCACAAGCUAGCCUACCACUACCCAGAGCCAGAGGACAAGGAGACCUUUGUCAAAUCGUACCAGUACGACAUGAACUACAAGAGCUUUGAACCCGCAACCUAUAACUGGCCUGAUGGUCUGAAUUCCACAGUGUGCAAAGUUUAGAAAACUUCUUCAAAAUAUAUGCUGAUGUUGUGGGAAAUUUUAAUAACACUUAAAGGGAUGUAUUUUGUUGUUUGCUUGUUUAAGAGCAGAGAUAUUUUUUAAUUUGAAAGAAAAAAAAAUAUGGAGGAUUGUUAGGAAGACAAGUACAAGUAUUAUAUUCAGUGGUUCAUGCAGCAUGGAGCUUAUGUGUUGUUGUUCAGAUAUUGAGAAUUUCUUUUUAACCCUUAAUGUUUAGUGAAACUGAAACUUUUUAAAACUUUAAACUGGAAUAUUUUGUCAUCUAGCUGAAAUGAUAUUUUGCAAGAUUUUAAAAAUGUUAUUUACUGUAUGAAAGACUCAUGAUCUCACAAGAUAUUAUAAAAGAAUUUGCACUGUUGUACAUGUAAUUUAGGAUUUGUUUAUUUUGCAAAAAAAAAAUCCACUUGUGUAGUGCUUGUUUGUUUAGUGCCAGUUUUUAUAGAUUUGUUCUUUUUUUUUAAUCAAAUUUCCUGGAAUUAUACACACUAAUCUGUUCCUUAAUUGUUCACAGUAACAGAGAAGUUAAUUCUACUACUGUGGUUUCACCAAUAUUCUUUGAAUACCAAUUUUAGUUGAUUUCGUUUUUAAGUUUAUCCUUGAAAUUAAAUAUUCAUUGAACUGCAAUUUCUACUAAUAUUUUGUAUUGAUAGGGUCAUUGGCCACAAAUUUACGUAUCCUUGAAACUGCGAUUUUCACUUAAUCCACAAAAAUUGAUACCCUUGAAUAAUAAUGAAACCACAGUAUUUAUUUCACUAUUUAACAUUAUGUUCUGUGAAAGUUAUGAAAUUCCUGAUGAUAUCAACUUUCGGGAUUUUUUGUCUCUUUAUUCUGAUUCAAACAGAUGUUCAUGAAUUAAUGAAUGGCUAAAUAUUGCUACUUCAUAUGUAUGGUGCAUUCAAAUUUUGUAGACUGGUAUUUGUCAUAUUAAGUGUUGAUGACUUAUUGUAGAUGUACAUACAAAUGUUCAUGCAUUCCUUCAUAUAAUUUCCAGAUAGGUAAGAAUUAAUUCAUACAAUGAAAUUUUCUUUUUCAUGAACAUUUGUGCAGUCAUAAAAACUAGUACUAGUAUUCAAAAAUAUUAGCCUGAUAUUUACAUUUAUACUUGCAAUAGCAGUGAUAUUAUAUUUAUACAAAUCAGCAUUGCUUUCUACAUAGAGAUCUAUAUUUAUAUGUGAUCUAUUAUUGUAUUUAAAAUAGAUAAUACACAUGUAUUAGAUAUUUCAGUGAUGGGGUGCUGGUGUCUUUAGAUAAAUUGGAUGGAUGCAUGUAGACAGAAAUUGACUAUGUUCUUUUAAAUAUUGUAAAUUCCUUAUUUUAUGCGAGAACUUAAUUCCGCUGUUCCGCUGUUUUGUAUCAAAUCGCAAGAAUAUAAAAUCGCGAGCACCAACGUUUUGUUAUGAUUUCCUAUAGUUCAAAACUGUCUGGAAAAUGAAAGCGAGAUUUUAAAAUCUGCGAGGGUUGCUUCUCACAAUUUUACGUGGAUAUUAAUUCCUUGCAUUUAAUAAUUAGGAAUCUACAGUAACAGCCAUUGUAACCAUAUGAAUUGGCAUUAAAUUUGUUAGCUAGGGAAUGGGAACCUAGCUCUAUUGUAAACCCUAGUGUUUCGCACAGUUCGAGUAGAUUCUGAAUUUAAAAUGUUGCAUUUGGGUUUACAGUGUUAAACUUUAUUAGUUUGCCUACAGAGGUUAAUUUUAUUUUCGUGCAUGACCUAUGGCUAUUUGCUGUCUCAGAUUCAAAUUUUUACAAAGAAACUUUUCAUCACAUUCCAAAGACAUUUCUCUCUCAGGUGUAUUUGAAUUUUUAUUUCUACCACUGUAUUCAUUCUAAAUAGAUGUUUAUUCUUAAGAUUUUUUUUAUUGAAAAAAUCUAUAUUUACAAUAUUUGAAUAUUGAUAUUAUUCAAAAUAGUUAUAAUAUAUAUCACAGUGCAUGCAUUUAACUUUUUGUUUUAUUUGUUAUAUUUAUUAUGUAUGAAAUAUAGCAAGUUUUAAUAUAUGAUGCACAUAUUAUAUGUAUUAUAUAUUAUGGAAUGAAUGAAACUUAUUGUAGAAGACUUUUAUCUUAAUUAGAAAAGUUGAACUUGUGUCAUUAUGAUUAUG